CUUCACCACUUGAUCUAGGGAUCAUUGGCAUAACUUUUUGCAAAUUCAGUUGAAUUUUUUUACACUAGUCACAAAUGUCAAAUAUUUCUUGAAUUCUCACUUAUUGUUUAAGCUUACAACUCCCUCUUCUUUCACACACUUCAAAACCCUAAUUUGAGUUCAAACACACACUACACACUCACUCACUUAGUUUCUUGAAAAUCCGUUUUUUUUUUUUGUUUCUUGAAAACCCAUUUGUGUUUCUUGAUUUUGCUAACCAAAAAAUCUAAUUUUUAUCAAAAUCCCACAACCAAUUUGAAGUUUUUUAAUCUGGGUUUUUCUUAAUUCACCUCACAUUUUCAUAUUUCAACAAAAUCUUGAAAACCCAUCUUGUUUUUCAACAAAAUUCAAAAAUGUCAACAACACUGGCCCUCGAUCCGACCCAACAACCGCCACCAUACCCGCCGGUGAUCCAAGAACACGCCUACAAACCACAUUCGGGUCACGGGUCAGUGGGACCCGUACUCGGUGUGCUUGCGGUGGUUAUGGUAUUGGGUGCGGUGGCUAUAAUGAUAGGCAGGCUCUGUUCGGGUCGUCGGGUCAUGGGUCACGUGCAAUACGACUUUGAAGGGUGGAUGGAGACCAAAUGUGCCACGUGUAUCGACGGCAGGCUAGACCCUCCCCCACCGCCGGAGACGGUGCCGCCGGUGGUAAUUCCAUUUCAUUUUAAUAUGUUAUUUAUUUUCUGUAUUUUGUUUUGCAGUGGAGCCCACCAAAUGUAAGUGUUCCGUUGCUAAAUUUAGUGGACAAGAUAUUUCAACUCAAGAGACGCGGCUGGUUAAGACGUCAGGUUUUUUGGAUAUCAAAGCAAAUUUUGCAACUAAUGAUGGAAGAUGCUAUUGAUGAUUGGCUUUUGAGGCAAAUUCAUUUCCUCAGGAGAGAUAAUAUUGUUGCUCAAGGAAUUCAUAUGCUCCAAGAUAUUCUCUGGCCUGAAGGCACAUUUUUUCUAAAAUCAAGGACAAGUCAAACAGAUUCUUCGCAGUCAAACGACGGAUCCGGCAAUAAAAAUAAUAAACAAGGGUCUUUUGAGGAGCAGCUUGAAGCUGCACGUAGAGCUAGUGAUAUCAAGAAGAUGAUAUUCAAGGGCGCACCAACUACAUUGGUCAGCUUGAUUGGACGUAAGCAAUACAAGCGAAGUGCUAAAGACAUAUAUUAUUUUCUCCAGUCUGCUGUAUGUUUGAAGCAACUCGGUUAUGGUUUACUUGAACUUGCACUCAUGGCGAUUUUCCCGGAGCUGCAAGGCAUCAUAUUAAAUGUUCAUGAGAAGAAAAAAGAGCAGGUGGUGUAGAUAUGUUCUCUAAUUUGAUCACAAAGUUUUGAUGUUUAGAUUGACAACUAUUGUUUCAUUCUUUUAUUGGUAUGCAUUUGGCCAAAAUCAUUUUUUUUGAUCAUAUUCUUCUAACUGUAGAAAGAGAAAAGGGUAGCAAGAAUCUGUAUAGAUGUUCACACGAUGUUAUAUAAUCACUCUUGCACCCUUUA